AUGUCCUUCUUCCUCCCCUUUCGCUCUAAACACACCACGAGCCCCCUCAACCCAGCUCCCCAAUCGCCCUCAACCCCUACCCCAGACCAAGACUCAGACAAAGAAUACGAACACAUCCUUGCCCAACUCUCUGCGCCAGACUGGUCCGACUCCCCCCAUGCCCUAGGUUGGUUCCACGACCUGCGCACCUCCGUCCUCGAUAUCCUAACCCGUCUCCUAAGGAUUUGCCAGCAAGCCAUAAAGCAAUACGAAACCAGCAAUACUACUUACAACCUGCGCUACAACAACCGGUACAACCGGCUGACUACCUCCGUGGUCUUUCUGCGGAGCUGGUUGAACAAGGAGUUUCUGCCGGAGAUGCGCAUGACGAAGUGGUUUCUGCGGGCUGUGGAUGAUGUGUUUAUGGUUAGGGCUACAGAAGUGCAGUACGAUAUUGAGUAUUGGAUGGGGGGGUUGAGAAGGGAGGCAGAGAGGGUUGUGGGAGAGGGGCAUGCGCUUGCGGGAUUGGUGCAGGACGCCAUUAUUAAGUUGGGGGAGAUAAGGGAGGGGAUUGAUGCGGCGCCGGGGGAGAAGGUUGGGGAGAAGUUGAGAGCUGAGGAGAUGUUUUUGGAUUUGCCGUUGACGGAAAAGGGUGCUGAGGUUCAGAAGAGUCCGGAGGAGGCGAUGGAGAUUAAAGAUGAGACUGAGACUGUUACUGAAGCUGGGGAUGAUAACCCUGUUCAGAGUUUUGUGGCCUGA